UCGCUGACGCUACUAUUUUUGUACCCGCACAGCGCCGUAGGUCAGAGCUCAUCAGCGACCUUACAGACAAGGAUGUUUCUGAAAUGUCAUAAAAAAAUUAUAUAUAUUUUUCCUUGUGCAAGAUAUUGCUAUUAUCGCUUCUGAGGUGGAUGUCUGUGGGAUCAUUAUGCCAUGUGGCUAGGCUACGCCAUCUCUCCCUAGCCCUCCAUAGGCAGUUCCUCAGAGCUCGGCAUCUGCACAACGCUUAUGGAGAACCUGAAACGGAGGGACUCGAUGAGGAGGAUGGGAGGGAAGGGGUACAUCCCGGGGGCUACAGGUUACAGUACAACCCCUCCUCUUACUAUCGGCCUCAGCAUGACCCUGGAGCCUCCCUGAGCAGGUUGGAGAUGGAGGAGCAGUGUCAGUCCACCGUCACCUCUGCCUUCAGGCAGCAGAGUAACCGCUACAGUGUCAGCUCCUCACGCCGCCUAUCCAGCACCAAGAACACUCUGCUGGACCUGGCCUUCAACAGAGGCACUGGGGCUAAGGCAGAAAGGGCACCCCCCUACCGCACAGAACCCCUAACCCCAGACGUCAAAGGCGACCCCCGUGCCUUCCAGACAUGCCGCCCAGAGUACUCAGCCAUGACCCUUGACCUGUCCCAGCGGCCUGCCCCAGUCCAUUCCAAGCAGGCCUUUUUCCUGCUGCACAAAGUAACCAUCCUGAAGGGCAGCAUGGAGCCUGUGGAUGUAACCGGUUUCCUCACCAAGCUUAGCCACCUGCACCCUGACCAGACACCUUUAGUGAGGGGUGACACGCGUUUCAUCAUGCUGCUCCGCUACUCAGUGGAAAACCUGAGUCACUUCAGCCACUCCCAGCUACUGAAGGUGCUGAGGUCGUUCGUUUGGCUGGGCCUGCCCCCCACUCACAGCAUGCUGGGGCUGUAUGAGGCUGAGCUGGGCCGCAGGGCCGGGGAGAUGGGCCUCCACCAGCUGCUGUUGGCUGCAGACCUGUGGCGCUGCCUGGGGAGGUCUGUGCCUCAGUACCUGCAGUGCCUGUAUGACUGCGCCAGCCUGCACUUAGGCCAGGUAGGUGUCCCUGAGAUAGUCCAGCUUCUGUAUGUGAUGGGGGAGGGCAGGCACUGCCCCAAAGAGCUAGUUCACCCCUUAGAGCAGAUACUGAUGCGUCACCUGGACCAGCUGGAGCCAGAGGAGGUAGGUGCUGUGUGCCUGGGCCUGUUCAAGUCCCAGACAGCACUCUCGGAAGGAUCGGUGAACCGGCUGGUGGACAGGGCCCACUCGGUUGUGUAUGAGAUGAGUGACUUUGCCAUGGUGAAUGUGAUGAAGCUGCUGCGUUUUAGCUACCUGGACCAUCGGGCUUGGCUUGAGGUCAUGGCGCAUGAGGUGCCUCGCCGUGCCCCCAGCAUGGGCGUCCAGGGUCUGAUGCAUGUGGCACUGGCCUGCUCGUCCCUGCAUUACCGCAACGAACGCAUCCUCCUGGCUGUUGCUGAGCGCCUGCCGUCGUUAGCGCCACACUGUCGGAGCAAAGACUCGGGCAAGCUGAUAUGGGCCUUUGGGACCCUAGGUGUCUUGCCCAUCCAGUGCCCUAACUUCUACCCCAGCCUCAUUGAGGCCCUCCGGCAGAGAGAGGAUGAGUUCCAGCGCUAUCCUGAGCACCUCCUAACCGGCCUCCUCGGCCUGGCAUUUAUCUGUCAGCUCCCUGAGGACCUUGUGGCGUUAGCUUUGAGCCCCGAGUUUGUUAGCCUAGCCACCAGGUCCAAACAGCUGGAUCUGAAGAAAGACUUGUUCACUCUGGAUGGGACGGUGGCGUUGGAGCUGCCUCACUGGACUGGCCCGCGGCUGAGUAGAGAGCUGCGGGAGGAGACAACGGAGAUUCUGUGGCACUUUGCCCAGAAGGACGUGUGUCAGAAGGUUGAGGUCCUGGAGGCAGAGGCCGUGUUACGGGACCUUUUGGGUGGAGAGGAGUUUGUGAGCAAACGAAUGAUCCUGCCUCACACCCGCUCCAUCGACCUGGAGGUGCAUUUGAACCCUGUCGGACAGCCGCUACCUGUGACCUCAGUGCAGACAUACCCCCUUUCCUCCAAGGAUUGGACAACUUCUUCUGGCUCUUCUACUCAGGGCUGGGAGAAGAUCAACACAGGAGUCACUCUCACCGAGGACCUUUUGACUCAACUUACCAAUGGCAGAAAGACCCCCCUUCCCCCAACCCAAGCUUUUCAGCUGCCCCUCCUCCGAAGGACAGAGCCGGAUGAGGGAGGGGGGCUGUUCAGUGUGGGAGUCGAUCUGACGGACGGGCUUGUGGGGACUCUGACCAAACGUAACAACCCAGGCCCACUCCCCAGGGACUCCCACAAAGCCUCCAUAGCCCCCAUCAGACUGGCCAUCCAGGUGACGAACAGGAACCACUACUGCUACCGCUCUCCACAGCUGCUGGGGCUGCACGCCAUGAAAAGGAGGCAGCUGAAGCUGACUGGAUACCGAGUGGUGGAGCUGCCUCACCGUGAGUGGUUCCCUCUGCUGAGGCGAACCCACGCUGAGAAACUGGCCUAUAUGCACUGCAAGGUUUACGGCACCCUUGACUGACGUGUUCAUAUGUGUUUUUUUUUAGUAAGCUUAUGGGCAAUCCUUGUUGAGAGGCUGUUGAAUAUAAUGUCAGAUUUUUACCUUGUCAGCUCGGGGAUUUGAUCCAGCAACCUUUCGGUUACUGGCCCAACACUCUAACCACGAGGCUGCCUGCCACCCCUGAUCAGUGUGAGAGGUGUCAAAAAUAAAUGUUAUGACUGCAAGAUUUUGAAGAGCAGCCAAACAUGACUUCUGCAUGUUCUUCAUGUGUGGGAUGGGACAUUUUUUGUUGCUAGGCCUAAGCUAAAUGGUAAAAGAGGAUCUAUUAAGCGAACGUAAUGUAUGAAUACUUUGAAUGUACAGUACAUAUCACUUCCCCACUGUUGACAUGUUUGCAGUAUUCCAUUAAAUGUUUGAUGGUCCAUUAAAAACCGCUUCAGAGAA